UCUACCUUCAAUGUCAACUUCAAAAUCUGUAAAAUAAACCUGCAUCAUUUUUGCUUUGACUUGAAAGAUCUUUAUGUGAUCUAACCAAUUGUCCCAAUUCAAGAUUGGUUCCUGUAUGUGGCCAUUUUAUGAUCUGAAGACAUGUCAGCAGUUGCUGUACAAAUACUUCCAACAUUACAGUACAUGGAAGAAUCAAUUAAUGUUGAUUUGGGCCUUCCACUUUCAUCCAAUAAAAUUGGAGCAACAUAUUCCAACGGUAAGGAAGAAGAAUCUCGAUUUGAUCCUGAUUUAAAUUUCGGCAAUGGCAAUAAACCACUCCUAUUAAUGACAACAGCGCUGUUUACCAUAUUGUUUAAGCUGUUGUUAACUCUCACAAUAAUAAAAGAUGCUGGAUCAAGGAUUUUAAGAUCAAGUUCUGCAGCUUUAUCCCUUAAUUUUCUCUUACACAUUUCUUCCUGAUCUAUAGGGUCUCCUUCUAUAGACUGGAUCUCUGGUACAAAAGAUUUUUGUUUCUCUGCCUUAGUAUUCACACAAAUUCUUUUUACAUCAUUCUGCAGGUCAGAUAACUGAAUGUCUUUUGUUUGAAUUGCACUUUGCAGAUCAUCAAUUUGCUCAGUCAAAAUCUGGCAAUUAGCACUUACACUGCUCUGAUCUUGCUUCAUUACACA